CGCGCUCUUAAACCCGCACGUCAUUUUCUGGCGUCACAUCUUUGUCAGUGAACAAAAUGGCAACCUACUGCUUAACCGUCGCAAGGCUUCAGCUCGCUCUGGGCCAUGGUGCCAGACGCCUGCAUGUGGCAGCAGCUCUCAACGCAAAGGCCAAGGUGUCCAUGAGCCGCUUUGAGCCGACCUCUUACGUCAACUAUGACAAGCUUCGCUCAAAUAUUGACAUUGUCAGCAAAAGGCUUAACCGGCCACUCACUCUGUCAGAGAAAAUUGUCUAUGGCCAUCUGGAUGACCCAGCCGGACAGGAGAUUGUUCGGGGACGUACGUAUUUGCGCCUGAGACCUGAUCGAGUUGCCAUGCAAGAUGCAACAGCACAGAUGGCCAUGCUGCAGUUCAUCAGCAGUGGACUUCCAAGAGUAGCCGUGCCAUCCACAAUCCACUGCGACCAUCUUAUCGAGGCUCAGACUGGAGGUGCUGAAGAUCUACAAAGGGCAAAGGAAGUGAAUCAGGAGGUUUACAGCUUCCUUGCUAGUGCUGGGGCCAAGUAUGGUGUUGGCUUCUGGAAACCUGGAUCUGGGAUUAUCCAUCAGAUCAUCCUGGAAAACUAUGCAUACCCAGGUGUUAUGUUGAUUGGUACAGACUCUCACACCCCUAAUGGUGGUGGUUUGGGCUGUAUCUGCAUUGGAGUCGGUGGGGCGGAUGCUGUUGAUGUCAUGGCAGGCAUCCCCUGGGAGCUAAAGUGUCCAAAUGUCAUAGGUGUGAAACUAACAGGCAGUUUAUCUGGCUGGACCUCGGCAAAAGAUGUAAUUCUUAAAGUAGCUGGUAUUUUGACUGUGAAAGGAGGCACGGGUGCCAUCGUGGAGUAUCACGGUCCUGGUGUGGACUCUAUCUCCUGCACAGGUAUGGCCACCAUCUGUAAUAUGGGUGCUGAAAUUGGAGCCACCACCUCAGUGUUCCCAUUCAACCACCGUAUGAAAAAAUACCUAGAGAAAACCGGUCGGGCGGAAAUUGCAUCCCUGGCAGCUGAGAACCAAGACCUGCUGGUGCCCGAUUCAGGUUGCCAUUACGACCAGUUGAUUGAGAUCAAUUUGAGUGAGCUGAAGCCUCACAUCAAUGGCCCGUUUACUCCUGACCUCGCCCACCCCGUUUCAGAAAUUGGCUCUGUUGCUGAGAAAAACAGCUGGCCCUUGGAUGUUAAAGUUGGUCUGAUUGGAAGCUGCACUAACUCCAGUUAUGAGGACAUGGGCAGAGCUGCCUCCUUAGCCAAACAGGCCCUGGACAAAGGCCUUAAAUGCAAAGCUCAAUUCACAGUCACCCCUGGGUCUGAGCAGAUUCGUGCGACGAUUGAAAGAGACGGCUAUGCCAAAAUUUUUAGGGAUGUUGGUGGAGUUGUCCUGGCUAAUGCCUGUGGACCCUGUAUUGGUCAAUGGGACAGACGUGAUGUCAAGAAGGGAGAGAAGAACACCAUCGUCACGUCAUUCAACAGGAACUUUACUGCUAGAAAUGAUGCUAACCCUGCCACCCAUGCUUUUGUCACUUCCCCUGAGAUUGUCACAGCCCUCGCCAUUGCAGGCACACUGAAGUUCAAUCCUGAGACUGACUUCCUCACAGCCCCCAAUGGAGAGAAAUUUAAACUGAUGCCACCCACCGGAGAUGAACUUCCUGCUCGUGACUUUGACCCAGGUCAGGAUACUUACCAGCACCCACCAGCCGAUGGUUUGGGCCUGAAAGUGGACGUCAACCCGCAGAGUAACCGCCUCCAGUUGCUAGAGCCUUUUGACAAAUGGAGUGGAAAAGACCUUGAAGACCUCCAAGUGCUUAUUAAGGUGAAAGGAAAGUGCACCACAGACCACAUCAGUGCUGCUGGACCCUGGCUUAAGUUCCGUGGUCACCUCGAUAACAUUUCCAAUAACCUCCUUAUUGGCGCCGUUAAUAUCGAGAAUGAGGCCGUCAAUAAACUUCGUAACCUUCUCACUGGAGAGUACGCUGGUGUCCCAGAUGUUGCUCGCCAUUACAAAAAGCACAAUAUUUCAUGGGUUGUUGUGGGAGAUGAGAACUACGGUGAGGGUUCCAGCAGAGAGCAUGCUGCUCUGGAGCCCAGACAUUUAGGCGGGAGGGCCAUCAUUGUGAAGAGCUUUGCUAGAAUCCAUGAAACUAAUUUAAAGAAACAGGGCCUGCUACCCCUCACCUUCUCCAACCCGGCUGAUUAUGAUAAAAUCCGUCCAGAUGAUAAAAUCUCUAUUGUAGGCCUUACUAGCUUUGCUCCUGGAAAGCCACUGCAGGGUGUCAUCAAGCACCCCGAUGGAAGCAAAGAAACUAUUGAGUUGAACCACACCUUCAACGAGACCCAGAUUGAAUGGUUCAAGGCCGGUUCUGCCCUUAACAGGAUGAAGGAGCUGCAGAAAUGAGCGAUUGGCCCUUUAAUGGGAGGAGGGCUACAUGUAUGUGUAUAUGGGUGGGGGUUGUGUAUCAAACAGAAAGAUUGGUACGUAUAUUAAUGGUUUAUAAAUACCCUCAUGUCAUCUAACUAAAAACAACGAUUCAUACAAUCAAUUUUUUUUUAAAACCGUUGCAUAGACAAGCCAUGUCAGUACACAGACCUCUGCCAGUCAGAUUAUGGGUUAUUACAAAUUAUUUGUAGAGCAGAUGAAUAGCCUUAUGUUUAGAAAUGAGCCAAGUUAUACUGUUUGAAGAUUCAAGCUCGAUCUGUUAUCGCAUAACAAACAUUUAGUAAAAAAGGAAGGUUUGCAUACAAAGAAAUGCUAGGCACGCACAGAGUUUAGUACAUAUUAUCAGAUUAUUGUUAAUGAAAAUAAUGAUUCUUCCUUCUGUGAUAUUCUACUGAACGGCAAGCUGCUUGUGAUUUUUGUGUACUGUAAUCAGAUCUAUUGGAGGAUUGAUUGUUUUCACACUUUUUUUUUUUUUUAACAGAGCUUUUCAACCACUUAUAAUGAUCGGUGUUCUUGUUCAUGCAAGCUGAAACUUGAUCAUAUAUAUAGUUCAUGUAGCUAUUUUCACUGCGAAUCAGAAUGACUUGUCUAUGCUUAAUGUCCAACUAUUCACACCACGCAAACUAUGAAAUGUAUUACGGAUUUGCACCACAGGUCAAGUCUUUAAGUUGUUAUUUAUAAAAAUAAGUCAAUGAAUUGCAAAUGUGUAUUACCUGAAGCAUUUUAGCUCACAGUAUUGAGCAUUGGAUCAGUAAUCAGACCUCUAUGCUUGUGAGCAGCACUUUUCCUGUAAAAUUGAGUGCCCUUUUUUGUAGGGUUGUACUUUUCGUUGUUACAAAGCUUAAAGCAUCAACAUCAGACACUUAUUGUCAGACUAUAUGUCCUGUUCUCAGAAAGCUGUAAGUUUCUAUCUUUAUCAGACUCAUCCCAUUAACUUUUUACUGUUGUGUAAAUGCUAGCCAGGGCAACUGUAAAAGUGAAUAAUACUGUGUUGCAAUCAGACAUAUGUAAGUAUGUUUGCAGCUCUGAAAAAUAAAUGAUGGGUCUUUUACUGCUAUUAACACCCUACAAACACACUCCUCUUAAAACAAGCAUCCUUUGGUUUGUUUUUCUUGAGAAAAUGAAUGCUCAGUCACAGUGCAUUAUAAAAUAAAUUCAUUUCAAAUAUG